UCGUUUAUCCUAAGUGUCAACAAGGAGACCUCUCCGCGUCACGUCAACAAUUCCCUGAAGAAGACUUUCUCAAAUCCAGCCGGAAGCAAGCUGCUGUAGCAUUAUGAAUCCGAAGCCACAAAACAAUCACAUAUAUAACGCUGCAAGUAACAACUUGAAUAGCAGCAACUCACAGACGGAGGAUGCGGACAUCAACCCUAACCCCUCUGAACUCCAACAAACACCACAGCCCCAACAAAAUGAACGGACACUGCAAUACAUGGGUGGAUAUUCCAUGAUGCAACCUAAUGAAUCUAGAAGAAGUAAAUUACAGAGAAUGGCCCAGCAAGAAGAGGAGGAUUUACAGAGAUGGAAGGAAGAGCACAGGGCUGGUCCAGUCAAUCUUGCUCCUGAACGUCUAGGUGGAGCUCUGUCAAUGGAACAGGCCAGGAUCAAUCAAUUUAUGAAUCAAAGACAAUCUAAAUAUCAACUAAAGCUGAAAAGAGAAGAACAAGCAAAGAAACAAAAAGAGGCUGAAGAAGAGGAACUUAAGAAAAUGAAAACAGUACAGAGAGAAAAGGCAAACCGACUUGAAGAAAAAACAUUAAAGGAAGAAGAACAAAGAAGAGAAUUGCACAGCCAUGACCAUAAAAUCAAAACAAAUGCUUUCAUCCAGACAUUAGAAGCAGUGAAUCUGUCAUCUGAUACAAAGAACAAUCCACCUGAAAUAUCAUCCUGGGCUCGAGGCAAGGCUUACAGAGAGUCCCAGAGAGAGGAUGAGAGCAGGAAGUAUUUGCAAAUGAAAGAAGAGCAAAGGAUAAAGGCUGAACUGCUUGAACUAAAACAAAGACAAGAAGAAGACAAAAGAAGGGGAGAGCUAAAUAAUGAACGCCGGCAAGUUAAUGCAGCAUUUCUGGACCGACUUCAAGGCAUCAGACAACCAUGUAUAAUGGAGCAGCCUCUUCCUGUUGUUUUCAAAGACGAAACAAACUUUUGUGUUGCUGGACCACAGGAUGCCCCUGGAAUUUCAGAAAAUAGACAGCUAAAGAAUGAAAUUGAAGGAGGAGAAGAAUAUGAAACAGACAAUGCCUGGGUUGUGAUGAAGCUCCUGACUGACUUUCCCUUUUGUGAGAGAGCUUUCUUAGAGGAAAUUGUGACUCAGUGUAAUGGAGACUAUCAGCAAGCCUUUCAACUACUCAGUUAAAAAGAGAGGCUUGGAUUGCCUUUGAAACUGAGUCUGAACUCAGUAAAAUAAGUAGAUUAUUUAGGAAAAAAAUAUUGAACUUGAGCUGGGAGAGCUUUUUGUUGUUUCUGCUGCAUUGGGAGGAUGGGAUAAUAGGCUGCUUGCGCUUAUCAACACAUUUACAACACAAAAGACGCUGACAGAGAGGUGCGAACGGAUUUAAGGAUUUAACGGGUAUUUUUGAUUCCUCCCUUUCUUAUUCUGCCCACAUAAAUCACAUUAAGAAACAUUCUUACUUUCAUCUCCGUAACAUAUUAAGUGUUCGCUCCUUCCUCUCCUUUUCUAACGCUGAGAAACUUGCCCAUGCUUUUAUCACAUCCCACAUCGAUUAUUGUAAUUCCCUACUGGCAGGUGUCCCUUCUAAUCUAUAUCACAGCUCCAGCUUAUUCAAAACUCGGCUGCAAGAGUCCUUACACAGACCAGCAGCAGCAAGCACAUAACACCCAUCCUGCUUCGCCUUCACUGGCUCGUUGUGUCUUACAGAAUUGAAUAUAAAAUUCUACUAAUAACCUACAAAGCCUUAAACGACCUUGCACCAAACUACAUCAGUGACCUUCUCCAUCACUAUGUGCCUGUCCGCCCACUAUGGUCCUCUGAUUCUGGUAAUCUUGUUUUACCCCACACUAAUCUACACUCCAUGGGUGACAGGGCCUUCAGCUGUAUAGCGCCCAGACUCUGAAAUGACCUACCGAAAUUAAUUAGAUCAGCUGACUCCAUUAAUUCAUUUAAAAAAACAAAUCAAAACUCAUCUGUUCAGGAAGGCUUUUAGCUCUACCUGAUUUUUUUACCCUUCUCUCAGUUUACCUCUAUGUCAAGUUGCUCAUGUAACCUGUGUGUGUUUGCUAGACCAUCAAUUAUGUUGUCUAUUAGGCUUUUUUUCUCUAAAUUUACUCUAAAUCUUACUCUUCUUUAUUUAUUUAUCUGGUUUAGUACAAUGCUAUAUACUGUAUACCCUGCCAUUCUUUCUUAAACUCUGUAAAGUGCCUUGAGCAUGGGAAAGGCACUAUAUAAAUAAAAUGUAUUAUUAUUAUUAUUAAGGUGGGCAGGGUUUAUGAGUUUUUUUCGUAGGCUUUGGUAAUUCUAAUUUUAAAUAUGAUAGUUUCAAAUGCACACUAUUUCAUUUAGAAAUGCCUGGAAUGAAUGUGCAAUAUUUGAAUUCUAAUAAAAGCAUCUUUAAUUUACCCACAGAUCAAUGGCAGCAUUGAUUCUAAAUUAACAUUUUCAGUUUUUUGGUUAAUAUAUUGUUUGUCCAGUAAUAAAAAAUCAAAUACCACUGAAAACGUUCCCACACUUCUUCCAAAGGGUUGUCUAAUAAGUAAUAAUCCUGUAUCUCUGAUUUCAUGCAACUGACUGCACUGUCUGUAGCUGAUUAAACCUAAUUAUUAUU